GGUCAAUAUUUGCCCUGUGAAUUACCUCAACAAGAAUUAUCAAAAUAAUAUAAUAUUUUUAUAAGAUUAGCACCGACGACGACCGGUAGGAAGCGGUCUGCGGUGAACAAAACGAACAAGGGAAUUAAUAAUAUUAAUACCUAAAAAAACAGACAAAAAAGAGUCUCUUUUCGUCUCUCAGGGUUUGAUCAGAGCAAAGGCAUCUUUAGGUGGAAAGCUCUGCAACAUCUGGUGAUUAAAGAGCUUCUAUUAAGGCCCCGGGAGGCGGAGCCUAUAUGUCGUGGUGGAAACAGCGUUCUUGAAGAUGCCUAUGUUUUUCUUGUAUCGGUAUGGAGAGUGCUGACGAAUUGAAAAUAUCAUGUUGCAGUGCCUAGAGGGUUUCAACCACUUACUAGAUUGUCUUGUUCGAUCUUUUGAAGUAAAGGUCUUCAAACAUGUGCAGGGCCUUAGAGAUCCUGAGAUAAUAGCAAGUGGAACAGUUUUUAGUGUGAGUGAAGUAGAAGCUUUGUACGAGCUCUUUAAGAAGAUCAGUAGUGCCGUUAUUGAUGAUGGUCUAAUCAAUAAGGAGGAGUUUCAGCUGGCAUUGUUCAAGACGAACAAAAAGGAGAGCCUUUUUGCAGACAGGGUCUUUGACUUGUUUGAUACAAAGCGCAAUGGCUUGUUAGGGUUUGAGGAGUUUGCACAUGCUCUGUCAGUGUUUCAUCCAAAUGCUCCGAUAGAUGACAAAAUAGAUUUUUCCUUCCAGCUGUAUGACCUCAAGCAGAAAGGUUUUAUUGGCAGACAGGAGGUGAAACAAAUGGUUGUAGCUACACUUGCUGAGUCUGGCAUGAACCUUUCAGAUGAUGUAGUUGAAAGCAUAAUUAAUAAGACUUUUGAGGAGGCAGACACAAAACAUGAUGGAAAGAUUGACAAAGAAGAGUGGAGGAGCCUUGUUCUGCGGCAUCCGUCUCUUUUGAAAAACAUGACUCUUCCAUAUCUGAAGGAUAUUACAACAUCUUUCCCUAGCUUUGUGUUCCAUUCGCAGGUGGAGGAUACUUGAUCACACUUGUGCCACUUUUCAUAUGCCUAACAGAAAAAAUGUAGCUCACGUGCUAUAAUCGCUUUCAUAUUUGCUAUUAACGGUGAAGUACAAUCUGGAAUAUGCAAGAGCUUUUUGAAUCACUUUAGUUUUACAUUUUAGCUGUUAUGCUCAGAAAUAGACUUUAUCGUUGCCUGUUAUUAUCAUUCAUUUUUUUGGAACUUUGGAUUGGUUUUGAGUUUGGAGAUUAAAUGGUGUGUUCUGGGGGUUUCCCUUUGAAAGAAGAAAAAAAGAAAAAAAAGAACAAAAAGAAAAUUCUUUUUCAAAUUGUGCACAAAUAGUACGAGACUUUAAUUUGAAUAUUGUGCAGCCUUUACUAUGAAGUAAAUGGUUAUGCAUAAGCUAGUUUGUAAUUUUAGAUUCUUUGUACAGUCAGCAUGAUAUCAUGCAUUGAAGAUUACUGCGAUAUGUACUGUGUUUAUCAGCAUUGUAUUAAUUGAAGCUGAGUGACUUGUUGAUGGGCACCUAAAAAGACUCCUGCUCAGUGCAUUUGCAGUGUACAAGAUACAUUCAGCUCAUUUUCAUUGUAUAAGUUACAUUAUAACUUUUAGCUGUACUACUCUAUACUGUGCUCAGUAAAUUAUGGUCUUUCCUUGCUUUUA